GUUAAAAAUCAAAAUAUAGAAUAUCCUAAGAAAUGAAAAAUGGAGGAUUUCUUCCCUAUCUUCACUGCCAACAAACUCCCAAAAUCGAGCUCCAAAUCCUCCAAAAAUGUCGAUUCCGAUCAAUUCCCUUAAACCCCAAUUGCAAUCGAUCGCCUUCCCCACUCGCGCAAUCACACACAAACCCAUCACUCUAAAACCCCCAAUUCCGCUCCGCACCAAACCCUACCAAUGGCGCCCCGUGAAAUCCUGCUUCUCGAGCCAAGAAAUCGACAUGGUGAAGACCAAGGACGGAGUCUACGCCGCCAAGGCGAAGAAAGUCGUCAUCUUGUGGGACCUCGACAACAAGCCGCCGCGCGGCCCGCCGUACGAGGCGGCGCAGGCCCUGAAAUCAAUGGCGAAGAAAUUCGGCGACGUGAUCGACAUCGCCGCCUACGCCAACCGCCACGCCUUCAUCCACCUGCCCGAGUGGGUCGUCCAGGGCCGCCGCGAGGAGCGCCGCCUCGACGCCCUCGAGCGGAGGGGGCUGUCGACGCCGGCGGAGCCCUACAUUUGCUCCGUCUGCGGGAGGAAAUGCAAGACCAACAUGGAUUUGAAGAAGCAUUUCCGGCAGCUCCACGAGAGGGAGAGGCAGAAGAAGAUGAAUCGGAUGCGGAGCUUGAAGGGGAAGAAGCGGAGGAAUUUCAAGGAGAGGUUUAUCGAUGGGAACGAGAAGUACAACGAGGCCGCGAGGCGUUUGGUGACGCCUAAAGUCGGGUAUGGGCUGGCGCAGGAGCUGAGGCGGGCCGGGGUGUAUGUGAAGACGGUGCAGGAUAAGCCUCAGGCGGCCGAUUGGGCGCUGAAGAGGCAGAUGAUGCACUCGAUGAGCAGGGGGGUGGAUUGGAUCGUGCUGGUGUCGGAUGAUUCGGACUUCUCGGAGAUGCUGAGGAAGGCGAGAGAGGCGAAUUUGGGGACCGUGGUGGUGGGGGAUCAGGAUAGGGCGUUGGGGAGGCAUGCUGAUGUUUGGGUGCAGUGGAAUAGGGUGGAGAAUGGGGAGAUUCAAGAGAGUGAUUUGGAGUUGAGGAAGAGGGAGUGGAGGGAGUGUGAUGAUGAUGGUGAUGAGAGGGGUGAGAGGUUUUCGGUUAGUGACUUUGGUGGGGAUUUGGCUUCUGUAGAGCUGGGUUUGGAUGAGAUCAUUGGAGCUAUGGGGAUAAAUGGUGUUAGAGUUUCAUCGUUUUCGGAGGGAGAGGAGGAGGAGGAUGGUGAUUAUGAUUUUGAUGAUGAGGGUGAUUACCUAUUGGAUAGUGAUGAUGAGGGGUUUCAAGAUGAAAAUGGUGUAUGUUUGUGAAUAGCAAAACCAGAGCAAAAAGAUUGUUUUUUCACACUAUUAGCUUGUGUAAUUAGGUACUUGGCUGAUUGUUGGAAGCACGAUUUGGUAUCGAGGUCUAAUUGAUUGCUCUUUGGGAUAGCUUGCUGGAUUUUGAGUGAGUUAUCUAAGAAUGACAUUGGUGGAGUAUCUGAUUUUGCUUAGUUGGAAUUGGAUUCUAUUGAGUCUGUGACGGUUCAAAAUCUUGGUUUUGAAAGUCAUUUUCCACAUUAUUGUGGCCUUUUGGAUACUUUUACACUUAUGCAUUAUUGUGAUAUGUUUUGCAUUCUGUUGAUUAUAUGUUCAAGAACAGACAUUGCAAUUCUUUAGUUGAAGAAAAGGUCAAUGGAAAUUCAUAAAUGAUAGUCAAGGUCACAGUGGAAUAUACUAUAAUAGUUAAAGGAGUAGUAUUCACACAUGAGCUUAUGAUGUACAUUUAUUGCUUCUUAGAGUUCCAUCUCAUAAAUUGUAAAUGGCAAACAUGAUUUGGUUGAAUGAAAUAAUAAGGUAUAGCAUAUUCCACUGCAAAAUAUUGCUGUUAUUGAUACUCUUCAUGUAAGUCUUAGAUGCAUUUUUGUUCAGACUUUCAUUAUCUUAAAAUUGCAUCAAGAAUAAGUUUUAGAGGCUACUUUCGAAACUAAUAUAUGAUGUAACUAUGGUAUAAAUUCUCUGUAUUAUUUACAGUCUGUUUGCUGAUGGUUGAUAGCAUGAAUUUGAUGUAGAAUCUUGUAAAGCUGAGUGUUUUUUGGUAGAAGAGUCGAUGCAACUUGAAGAAAAAGUAGGGCGAAUCAGGAAUAAUACGAACUUGGACUAAAGAAAAAGCAUUUUUCUGUUCGUUCGUAUUAGUACGAAUUGUUGGAGGGAGUCACGCUAUCUCAUGUUAUGCGAUUGUGGAGAUAUGCAAGCAAUGGAAUCUCAGGAGGUACGCAUUUCUGGCUUGUAAAUGUUAACACCUAUUUGAUUGCCUGUCGUUUGAAUUCCAGCGCCUAUGGCAGAAGAUGUUUACGUUGAAAUAUUCAGUGACUGUUGUUUAUCAACUUUGCUGCAAUGCUUAUAUAACUGCUUAGGACAGUAAGUGAUCCAGUUCAAUUUCAUUUCGAGUUAACUCCUGAUAUGGAUAUGAGCUAUAGAGUUCCCCUGACAUGGAUAUGAGCUAGUUCCCCUCUUGUUGCCUCUUUUGUACUCCCUCCGUUCCGUUCUAUAAGAGUGUAGACAUUUUUUUCUGGCAUGGAGAUUAAGAAAAAUAAGUGUAAUUAUUAAAAAAUAUAUAAUAAAGUACGAGAGGAAAAAAUAUAGAGAAUAAAAUAAUAGAGUGAGAAAAGUGAGAGUCAGUGUUACUUUUACUAAAAAAAAAGAAAUAACUCUAUUACUAUGAACGUCCAAAAUAUAUAAAAAAAAUUCUUUUUUAUGGUUAAAUGAAUAUAAAUUUAAAGGUCUCGAUCCUUAAAAGAAUGAUUAUGUUAUUAUGGAACGGAGGGAAUAGUCAUUUUCUUUUUCAGUUCUUAUUUUUUUAUCCUUUUCAUCUUCAAUUGAUAUUUUGGUUUUGGGUCAUCUCAAUUCGCACCUUUCCGCCAUCCAUUAUUAUUUUUGAAGUGUAAAUAGUAUUCAAGGAAAACAAUUUUAUAAUACAGUUGGAUUAAGCAUUUGGGUUCUUAACCAUGUCCGCAAAUGUAUUAGAUUUAUUUGUGUUUGGUCCCACUAUAUCAAAUCAUGUGAUAUUAUUCAAUAAUUAUUAUUUUGAUUAGACAUAUUUCUCAUGAUGUGAAGAUAAUAGUGCAACAAAUAUUUAUGGUUGGGAUGGGCCUCCUUGAAUCUUUCAAUUCAUUGUCUUAAUAUAAGCAAAGAUAAAAUCCAACAUCUUUCAUUUUCUUGAUGAGCAAAUAAAAGUACAAUAAAAUUAAAGGGUUUAUAGUGUUAUGUGUCUCAAUUUUCCGUAAAUUUAAAAAAAUAUAUCCAAUUAAUGUUUUUAUCAAAUGUUUCAGUUUUAAAAUGGUUCCAUGAAAAAAAAUUGCAUUGUGUUUAUCAAAAUGAUUCAAUUUUUCAGCGUUUUCCAUAAAAAUUUUACAAAAUCCGAUGAUGGAAAGUUGAUUUAUCUCGUUAUAGUCUUAGGUGGAUUUUUUUUCCACCUCAUCAUAUAAAACGAUGUUGUUUGAAAAAAAGGAGAGAUUAAUAGUAUUGUGCCUCUAAUUUUUUGAAUAUUUCAUAAAAUGUCCCCAACUAUAAGUGUGUUCUAGAAAGAAGAAAGGCGAAAGUUGGAGAUAGAUACUAUUAGCCCUUUUGAUUGUUUGCUAAAUACGAUGUCGUUUGAUGUAUUGAAGGUGUGAGAAAUUGUGUAGUACUAUUACGUAUCAAGUCGAAGGUUUUAGUUAAACUGGGAGACAAAAAAAAGAAAAGACUUAUUUUGUAUCUUAGGUCGCGAAUUAAAAUCUAGUGUCCGAAUUUCUCCCCACGAUGAAAUUUUUGAUUGAUCGUUUGAGUGACAUCAGAUAUUAGGUUUGUUGUUCUCGGAUCCACGAUCAUGCUUUUUAGGCUAGUGCUAUUAUUUUCAUGAUAUGCUAUGGCCUCAAAGUUCAUUUUUGUUGUGUUUUUUGUUGGUUGUUGCUACGGUUUUUGUUUGCUUUAGAUAUAUUGGACAUUGUCGUUGUUUGUUUUAUUGUUUGGUGUGGGGUAAUAUUGUUAUCUUUUUUGUUUGGAUUUAUGCGGUAUGACUCUUGACUGCUUGUCAUGAACCUUUGCUUAAUGUUUGCAUGUUCGCGCCUUUUUCUCUUAGUACAAAAAUGGAUUAGUCAAAUAGGUCAUGUUCCAAACUAAGUAUUAUUUUGUAAAGCUUAGACCUUAUUAAAACAGUCUUUAAAGUCAAAUUAAAAUAUGAUAUUUGCUACAAUACUAUAACAUAUCGUGAGAAAAUAUUCGACGUACACACUCAUAUUGAUAUAAUAUAGAAUAAAUUCACAUUCAUGAACUUGAAUUUACAACUAGAUUUUUGACUAUGGUCCACAAAAAUUGACAGUGAAAUUUGCAACUUAGCUUCUUGUGUAUUAUUAGACCAUCAAUGUCAACGUUGUAUAACAACUUUGUAUUAAUUUGCCGAAUUAGGCUUCAUUUACUUCAAAAAUUUGUGGAUGGGAUCAAUUUGUGAUUAAAAAUAUAAUUGGUCCUUUAUUUUUAUUUUGCCGACAUGAGUACUUGUGUUACGAAUUCUUGAUGCCAUUUGGAUAUUUUAUUCAAAUAGUAACAUUUUUAUGUUUUAA